CGAUAUAAGAGCCGGGCCAGCGCUACCUGCGCCACAGUCGUCGCGGAGAGCCGCUGCGGUUUCCUGCUUCAACAGUGCUUGGACGGAACCCGGCGCUCGUCACCCGCCCCGGCCGGCCGCUCAGAGCCAGCCCUCGCCACCUCUUCACAGCGCCCUCGGACCGCCCCAAGGCCACCGCCACCGCUCCCGCGCCGCCGCCGCCACCACCGCUCCUCAGCCUCCCGCCAUGACGACCUCGUGCUCCUCGCAGGUGCGCCAGAACUACCACCAGGACUCGGAGGCGGCCAUCAACCGCCAGAUCAACCUGGAGCUCUAUGCCUCCUACGUCUACCUGUCCAUGUCAUACUAUUUUGACCGCGAUGAUGUGGCUUUGAAGAACUUUGCCAAAUACUUUCUUCACCAAUCUCAUGAGGAGAGGGAACACGCUGAGAAACUGAUGAAGCUGCAGAACCAACGAGGUGGCCGAAUCUUCCUUCAGGAUAUCAAGAAACCGGAGCGCGAUGACUGGGAGAAUGGGCUGACUGCCAUGGAAUGUGCGCUGCACUUGGAAAAAAACGUGAAUCAAUCCCUGCUGGAACUGCACAAACUGGCCACUGACAAAAAUGACCCCCACUUGUGUGACUUCAUUGAGACGCAUUACCUGGAUGAGCAGGUGAAAGCCAUCAAAGAAUUGGGUGACCACAUUACCAACUUGCACAGGAUGGGGGCCCCCGAGUAUGGCAUGGCCGAGUAUCUCUUCGACAAGCACACCCUGGGGAGCAGUGAGAGCUAAGCCCUAAGCUGGCCUCCCGGAGACACGGGGUGACCUCCCCGGUCACCAAAGCAGUGCAUGCAUGUUUCGGGUUAACGUCACCUUUUCUAUAAGUCCUACCAGAACAUCUACUUCAGUUCUUUCCUUAGUGUACCAUUCCUUCAAAUAAAGUAAUUUGGUACCCA